UUAUCGAAUCCAUUGAAUAAGACACGCAACCUCCUCAUUUUCGUUCUCCCAUCUCAAGACUUUUUGGAUCCUGGUUGUGUAAGCUCUCCAUUCAUAUGAUAUAUUUUUCUCUCUGCCAGAUAUCAUCGCGUUUGACACAAAUUAUCAUCUCCUAACCCGUACAUCGCGUUCUCAAUCCAUCUAACUCUUGCCAAUGCUUUCAUUAAUUGCAAUCAUUGCAACAUUUUCCAUCUUCUGUAUUCAUUACGCACUUGCAUUUUCCCGAAACCUACGCGCGGCCAAAGCAUCAGGCUUGCACUAUGAGUAUGUGCCAGUCCAUUGCUUCGGGCAAUGGUGGCUCAUAACCCACCGAAUAUGGCUUCCAUUGUUUUUUCGCCUCCCUUCAUCUUGGACAUGUCCAUGGCUUGAUAUUGUGCAACCGGAUUGGAUCUAUACGGACAAUUAUAGGCCAUUUGCUCGCAGAGGAACCGACAUUUUCAUCGCCGUCUCGCCUUUCAGCAACGUUGUCUGGGUAGCUGAUCCGGAAGCGAUUUCGCAAAUAACUUCGCGUCGGACUGAUUUCCCUAAACCAGUUCAUCUUUAUGACGCGCUCAAUAUAUAUGGACCAAAUGUGGUCAGUACAGAAGGACCAACGUGGAGAAGACAUCGAAAGGCUACCUCACCGCCAUUUACGGAAAGUAAUAACCAUGUAGUCUGGGCUGAAAGCAUACACCAGGCCCAGGCUGCUUUGAGCCAUUGGGCUGAUAAGACUGUGCUCACCGUCGCAGAAGACACCUUGAGGCUUAGCCUCCAUGUCAUCAGCCGAGCAGGAUUCGGCGUCGGCCUUCGGUGGUCAGAUAAAACAACCCCGACAAACCCACUAGAAUCCGAAAUGGAUAGCAGUAGUAUACCAGAAGGCCAUCGGCUGAGUUUUAAAGCUGCUAUUUUUACUUUGCUGGACCAUAUUAUAGCUGUCCUGGUGGUGCCGAAAUGGUUACUUGCACAUUCACCCUUCAAGGCGCAUCGAGAAGCAUUCGAGUCCUUUGUCGAAUGGCGCUCAUACAUGGAUGAACUCUAUCAAUCGCGGAAAAGAUUACACCAGGCAGGCAAUGGUGGCAGUAACUUGGAUAUGAUGAGCGCUUUAUACCGUGCCGCUCAUGGGCAUACAGAAACGGUAAAUGCAAACAAUGAAAAGAUGGAUCGACACACGCUCGAAGCCCCGCUCAUAGAUGAAAAUGAGGUCAUGGGAAACGCUUUUGUCAUCUUCCUAGCCGGCCAUGAAACGGCCGCCAAUAGCAUCCACUUCUCCCUUCUCUUUCUUGCGUUGAACCCGGCUUCCCAGCGGCUUUUGCAGAAAGACCUUGAUCACAUUUUUGCUGAUCGGCCAGUGAGCGAGUGGACAUACGAGCAGGACUUGCCUAAACUUUUCAAUGGAAUAUGUGGUGCUGUUUUGAACGAAGAGUUGCGGCUCGUCCCACCGGUGAUCUCAAUUCCGAAGUGCACGGCUCCUGGUCGACCCCAACCCCUUAUGGUCAACGGUCGAAAGGUGUUAGUGCCUGGAGGAACUGACAUCAUGCUAGGCGCCGCAGCGGUACAUAGGAGCCCGAAAUAUUGGCCUGCAGGGAAGAGCUCAGCCGUUGAAACAGAUCACGCCAGUGAUCUCGACGAAUUUAAUCCGGAAAGAUGGGUUCUUGGAGCCUCAGGGGAUACCUCAUCAUCCAUUGGUCAUCCUUCCAAUACGAGGGUUUCUGAGGACACCUGGCUGGAAAGUUCAGCCAGAGAAGAUACGUCGGCUCAAUUGUUUCGUCCUCUCCGUGGGUCCUAUAUUCCAUUUAGUGACGGCCCUCGCGCAUGCCUUGGGCGCCGUUUUGGCCAGAUAGAAGUUUUGGCAGUGCUGGCUGUCUUUCUGAAAUCUCACUCAGUCGAGCUUGCUGUCGACGAUUUUGCUACUGAUGCAGAGAUAGACUCAAUGCCUCGAGGGGGAGACGAGAGACGUAAAGUUUGGUCAAAGGCGGACGAUCGUGCCCGGAAACUUUUACGAUAUGGAAUGGGAGCGAUUAUUACCUUGCAAAUGCGGAAGGGCAACGUCCCAAUUAGAUUCGUCAAGAGGGGAGAAGAGAGGUUUACAUUGGAUCGCAUGUCGUCAACCUGAUCUAUUACAUAUGAUCCAUCGAUAAUGCUCAGUCCGCCGCUUUUUUUUUUUUUUUUUUCUUUUUCUUUUUUUUUUU